UUCAAGUCCGUCCCGGCGGCCGCGUCCUGGGCGGGCGUCGCGGAAGCAGCGGCGGGGCAGCCAUGUCGCCUUUGUCUGCGGCGCGGGCGGCGCUGCGCGUCUACGCGGUGGGCACGCUGGUGAUCCUGGCUCAGCUGCUGCGCCGCUGCCUCGGGGGCUUCGCGGAGCCAGUCUUCCCGGGCCAAGCGGACCGUGUUGCCAUAGUGACGGGAGGCACAGCUGGACUCGGCUACGCUACUGCCAAGCAGCUGGCGAAGCUCGGCAUGCGCGUGGUCAUAGCUGGCAAUGACCGAGCUAAGGCGGAAGAAACGGUGAGGAAGAUACAGGAAGAGACGUGGAAUGACAAAGUGGAGUUUCUGUACUGCAACCUGGCGUCUCUGCAGUCUGUCCGGGAGUUCGUGCACACGUUCAAGAAGAAGAAGCUGCCUCUGCACGUGCUGGUCAACAACGCCGGUGUGAUGAUGGUGCCUCAGAGGAAGACCGUGGACGGGUUUGAGGAACAUUUCGGCCUGAACUACCUGGGGCACUUUCUCCUCACCAACCUGCUGCUGGACACCCUCAAAGAGUCGGGACGUCCCGGCCGCAGCGCCAGAGUGGUGAGCCUGUCUUCGGCCACGCAUUACAUCGGCGAGCUGCGCUUGGACGACCUUCAGGGCAGCACCGACUACUCCCCCCACGGCGCCUACGCCCAGAGCAAGCUGGCCCUGGUCCUGUUCACCUACCACCUGCAGCGGCUGCUGGCCGCCCAGGGCAGCCACGUCACCGCCAACGCCGCCGACCCCGGAGUGGUCAACACGGACCUCUACAGACACACCUACUGGGGGACGCGUCUCUUCAAGAAGCUGUUCGGCCGCUGGGUUUUCAAGAGCCCGGAGGAAGGAGCCUGGACCUCCACCUACGCAGCGGUCACCCCCGAGCUGGAGGGGCUGGGGGGCCGCUACCUUUACAACGAGAGAGAGGUCAGGUCGCUGGCUGCCACGUACGACACGCACCUGCAGGAGGAGCUCUGGGCCAGGAGCUGCGCCAUGACCGGCCUCGCGGACGUGACGCCGGACAUCAUCGCUGGGCGGCUGCCCCGUGGGGACAGUGUGGCGCUCAGCCCGCCCGCCGCGGGGGUGUGACCGGCUUCGCGGCCGCGUGUCCCAGGCCUGCCACCCUCAGGGCGCGGCCCUACCGGGCUCCGCUGGCCGCCCUGCCUUUGCGGGAAGCCACGGAGCAAAAGCAACGUUGAGCGGGGCCCCGCGCCGGUGGGUCUUCUCUGUCAAUCUCGUGAUUCCAAACUGUCCAGUUGUCCUGGGUGCCAAGAACAAUUAAAUCCUCUCUC